AAGGCCUCCAGAGCAAUGCCGCUCAUCAAUCCUACAACACAAUCGCACCAUACAGCAUGUCACGGCAAGCUGUCUGCCACUCGUCUGGUGAUUUAGGGCUCGAUUUAGUGCUCGCUGCAUUAUUAAGCUGGUUCGCUAUGGGGCAAAAGCACGAUGUGAGUGUAGUCCUCAGGAGCGAGCUUAUGCCAAUGCGUUCCGCAAAUGCAGCAGUCGGACGGUACAAACCACAACUAUAAAGAUGGCGUGAAUGCCAGAAAACCAAGUUCUUUGCUUCAACCUCAAAGACAACACUACCAUCAUGUCUGGGAACAAAACUCACUUCGUUCUAAUUCAUGGCGCCUGGCACCGGGCCUGGCAUCUGCAACUCCUCGCCACAAGGCUGAAGAAUGCCGGAUUCGGCGUGUCGACGGUAGACCUUCCAUCGGUCAAUCCCAAUAUAGAUGAAGUCCUGCGCGAGGGUGCACUUCGGGCAGACGUCGAAGCGGCCAAGGUCGUAUUGGAGCAAGCGGCGGCGGAGUCCGAUACGAUCGUACCAGUCUGUCACAGCUACGGCGGCGUAGUCGGUGGCGAAGCUGCAGUAGAGUUGAGCGAGAAUGCGAAGAACAAGGUGCAGCGCAUUGUCUAUCUGUGCGCUAUAGUCCUCGAGCAAGGAAAUUCAUUGACCACUCGCACCAACGGCCAAGUCGCCUCUUGGGCUCGGCACGAGGGACACGCAGUGGUCGUGCCCGACACUAUCUCGUGCUUCUAUCAAGAUGUUGAUCCCCAGCUUGCACAGGAAGCUGCGAAGCACGUUCAUAUUCACUCAUAUUCAGCUUUUACGGAAAUUACCAGACACGCACCUUGGAGGCAAUUUCCAUGCACAUAUGUCUACACUACCGAGGACCUUGCUUUGCCACUUUCCACCCAGCAGACUCUCCUCGGGCUGUUGAGUGAAGAGGAGCGAGCGAAUUUCAAUUUCUUCACUUUGGAGAGUGGCCACAGUCCGUUCCUCAGCAAGCCAGACGAGUGUGUGAAGAUACUGAAACAGCUGGUGGGCCAGUGAGUGACCUCGUGGCAGAGGAGUGUACAGCUAUAAACAAGUGCGGCAAUGUGGUUCCAUUGGCUGGUAGCCGGUAGCUGGAGGGAACGUCUGGAGGCGAGGCUUUGCUAGCACGGAAGUGGCUUCAAUUCGCCAAAUGUGUAUCGGCUUUUGGAGGGCAAAGACGAAGUAGCAACAGCGAAUAUA